AUGGUCUCCAGACCUGCUUUGACGGACGAUGUGAGAGCUGCUUCAGACGCUACAUCUCGAGCACAACAUAGUUCGGUAGUGCCUGGUACUGAUUCAUCCGACAAACCGCUUGUGUCUGGAAGCGGCGUAAACGUAUCGAUCAAUCUGGCCGAGCCGGCUUUGUUCUUACAAGGUUUCGAACAAAACGAUGCAUCCAGCGGUAACACAGCCAUGCUACGAGGAACUCUCCACCUGCGCGUGACGAAAGCCGCCAAGAUAAAGGCAGUUACCCUCAAGUUCAAAGGAAGAGCAACCACAAAAUGGCCUGAAGGCAUCCCUCCGCGCAAAGUCGAUUUCGAAGAGGUUGACAACAUAAUGAGCCACACCUGGCCAUUCUUCAAUGCUCAAUUCCCCACAGCCGAGGCAGGACCCUGCGCGGAUCAUGUGGAACUCUUCAAGUCAGGCGCAUCUUCUACGACCUCUUCCUUUGGUAUUGGAAAGUCCCCAAAUAUCUCGACAACAAACCUCACUACAAAAGACCAGCGAAGGCUAUCCUUACAAGUCAAUCAGUCACGCAGUUUCGGCAAGGGUGAAUCUUCAACCGGAGGCCCUUCCGUAGCACAGAAAGGUUACCGCACGUUCAACCCGGGUGAUUAUGUGUACAACUUCGAGCUUCCUAUCGACAGUAGACUACCCGAGACGAUCGACGUGGACCUAGGCUCUGUCAAAUACGAACUCGAAGCAGUCAUAGAACGCGCUGGUGCUUUCCGGGCCAAUCUUGUUGGAGUUCGCGAGGUGCAGCUGAUCAGAGCACCAGCCGAGGGCUCCCUUGAGCAAGUUGAACCUAUUGCCAUCAGCAGAAACUGGGAGGAUCAACUCCACUACGACAUUGUCAUAUCUGGAAAAUCGUUUCCUCUCGGCGCACAGGUACCCAUCGCAUUCAAACUAACGCCACUAGCCAAGGUGCAGUGCCAUCGCAUAAAAGUGCUCGUGACGGAGAAUAUAGAGUACUUUUGCAGUAACAAGCGCGUCCACCGAAUGGAGCCUACAAGAAAGGUGCAGCUUUUCGAAAAAAGGGCAGACCAGCCACCGACUAGCACAUUCCCUGGCAGCACGAUGCGUGUGACGGCAGGGGGUGGUGUGCCGUAUAACCAACGGGCCGCCGCCGCUGCUGGAGAGCCCGUCACGACAUCGGAUCCGACCAACCUCCUAGGUAACCUCGAGGGAGAGAACAUAGGACCUACUGAGAUGGAGUUCAGCGUACAACUGCCGAAUUGUACCUCCAACCGGGAGAGAGAAAGAGCGACCAGGUUGCACUUUGACACCACAUACCAAAACAUCCAGGUGCAUCACUGGAUCAAGAUCGUGAUGCGCCUCUCGAAACCUGACACGGAGAAUCCUGGCAAGCGUAGACAUUUCGAGAUUUCCAUCGAUUCGCCCUUCCACAUUCUCUCAUGUCGCGCAACGCAAGCAAACACGUCGUUACCCGCCUAUACCAGCCCCGAGUCCGCCUCCGCCGGCACUUCGCUCUACGAAUGCGGCUGCCCCAACGCAGUUCGCCGUCGCAACUCACCUACCUCUUACGUGCCCACACUCAACGCCCUGAACGGCAUGAGAGAAACAACAAUACCUCCAACAAUCACAGCACCCAGUCUGACCCGCCCGCAAGCAGCGCAUCUGACGGGUGCAGUUCCUCAUAAUCUCGACAGACCUAUCCAUCUCUUGCGCGCUCCCUCGUUCAACCCCCCAGCCUUUGAAGAUGAAGAGCCCCCACCGCCACUCAUCACCCCUCCUCCACAGUACGACAGUAUCGCCAGUCCCACAUCUGGAUUGGCAGACUACUUCGCUCGCUUGUCUGACGCAUACGAUGACGAUGAAGAUAGUGACGACCCUAGCAGCAGCCGUGGUCGUGUCGACGUACCCUUGACACCUGGUGCUAGAGUCAACAGAAGCAUGGACGUCAGCAGAAGCUGGGUACCGCUCGGAGCACAACUGCACGGUUGA